CACUCAUUCACUUCACUCAUUACUUUCAAUCAAUCACACUCAUUCAGAAUCACCAUCAUCCGAAUCACCAUCACACUUGAUGAUCAAGUAAUCCAAGAUGACUAACUUCAAUCGAAUCAUUCAAACCAUCAAGUCUAUCAAACAUUCAGCUUCUCAAACUAAUUUAUCAGAUCAUCAUCAUCAACAACUUAAUCAGCAUCCUACUUCCAAUCCAUCUUUGUCAUCCACCAUGAUUAAUCAUCCAUCAUUACCAAUCUUAUCUCUUGAGAUUCCAUCUGCUCAUUUACUUACAAAUCAAUUCAAUCCAACACCAAACACUUCAACUCAAGAUGAUCAAAACUUAAUUGGUGAGGAUGUCGAUCUGGACAGUAGUUCACUUCUUUCCCUUCAAUCUGAUCGUUCAAGUAGUCCUUGGGUAGAUUUAGGUCAUAGGAUCACUACUCUUGAUUCUACUUCUCAUUUCUUAAGUUCAGGUGGUUCUAGUCUUUCUCCUGCUGGUCAUCGAAGAACUCAAUAUGUUCAUUUCGGUCCUACUCAACUUACUGAACUCGUUAGAUUAUGUUCUCCUAUGAUCUUCCAACGUGGUCUUGAUACUCUGGGUCUCUUUAGACCUUGGCGUACAGCUGAACGUAGUCUUCAUAUCGGUCGAUUACAACUUUUGUUUAUUAAUUAUUUACUUCCUAGUCCUCCUUCAACUUUAGAAUCUCAUCAUGAACAGAAUCCAUCUCUCACUACAACUCGUUCGGUAAAAGUUGAAGAUGUUCAAGAUGAAUUAGUUUUUACUUUGGUUCAUGAUCUGAUUCAUGUACUGAAAUGGGCUAUUCGUCAUCUUUCAUAUCAAUCCACUCGAUUCGCACUUCAAUCAACUUGGUACGAAGAAUUCAGUCGAACAGAACGUGAAAAGGGUUAUCCUCAGAAUGCAUAUACAUCUAUCCUAUUACCACUCUUACCUAAUCCAACUCAAGAUUUACUGGAUUCAAUCUUUCAAUUAUUAUCAGCUGUGGCAGCACAUGUAGAUCAGAAUGCGAUGCCAGCAUCUCAAUUAUGUAGAUAUCUUGGUUUUUGGAUCUUAGGACGUGGUACAGAUUCGUUUGUUAGCUUUGAUCAUCUUUACUUGGAAUGGGAUCGAUCCUCUCGUGCAUUCGAACAUCUCUUCUUGGCUUAUCUUCGAUCUCAAAACAAAUUACCUAAACGACUUAAAGAAUUAGUUGGGGUGUAUCCUUUGAAACCUGCUGCUUUAGUCUUUACUCCACGUUUUACUACUAAAGUGAUCAAAGUCUUGAAAGUUCAAAUCACUACUUUUGCGAGUCCUGUUCAAGAACCUAUCGAAUCGAAACAACAGGAAAAUGUUGAUAGUCAUCAACGUUCAUCAAGUCUUCGUCGUCAUACUCGUACUCCUACUGUUCGUCAAGCUACUCGUCCUCCUAGUCUUCGUCAAUCUACUCGCACUCCUAGUCUUCGUCAAGUCGCACGUUCCUAUUCUCGUUCCCGACGUUCGGCUUCAAUUUCUACUAGCACACCAGCUUCUGUUCCGCCCCCACCAUUACCUCAACCACGUGGACCGCUUGAUAUUCUAAAGGCAGCAAGUGAAGCAGUUUUGAGCAAUGGUCAUGAUGAGGAAUCACUUACCAAGUCACCUUCCUAUAAGAUUUGGCAAACAGCCCUUGAGCAAGCCAAGUCUUCAGAUCCGCUUCAUCUUCCACUCACGGAGAACUCUAUACCCAAAUCAGAGCCAUUAGUCAGUUUACUCGACAAUGAAACUUUACGUGUGAUUCAACUCACCCGACCUCAAGCUGUUACCCAACCUAUCAUACACGAACCAACACCCAACCCAUCUACCGAACCUAUUCCUACUUCUUCCAAGAGUCCAUCAAUAGGUCGACCUAGAUCAUUUUCACUUGAUGUUUCUCCACUUCAUUCGACACCUGUCCAUCUCACUACACUCUAUGAACACAGUUGUUCAUCCCGAGUACUUUUAUCUACCAAACCUUUUCUCGAAACCCCUCUGAGCUCUCAAGAAGCUUCAGUUGGUUCAUCUUCACUAGGACCUACAACUUCAUGGGCCGAGUUUGUGGCUUCUGGUUUUUCUUCUUCUACACAACAUCCUGAAACUCAACUUGUUACACCUGAACCCAUCGAACUACCAGCACCACCACGUGCAAGUAUGUCGACGGUUAGGAGUGCAGCAACUACGGUUAGAAGUGCAGCCACUACAGUUCAUCAAUACAAACGACGGACCAUCACUCGAGCAAAACGGCAUAAAGGGUUUACACCCUCGAUCCGAUCUUUCAAAGCUGAUGAACAACUUACACCUCGAAUAGAUACCCCACCACCACCACUCCCUCCUCUUCCACCUCUCUUGAGUUCAGUAAGCUUGAUGAACGUAGACGAAGCUUUUCCUGAUGUAUGGUUAGAUACGCUUGGAGAACCGAUGAUCCGAUCGAAAUGGCCUAACUUUGUGUUCUCUGGCUUAAGAAAAGAGAUUUCUAGAUCAGAUCAGGAUCAAAAGAUUUCUCAUUUCUUGGUUGAGGAAUCUAGAUUGGAAUCUAAACGUGAGGAAGAAGAGAUGGUCCAGAUGGGUCAUCAAGGUAUCGUUCCAUCGGAGCCUCGUCUUGUUAAUCCGAAUCCUGUUGGGUUAGAAGAGUUGGGUGUUAUGAGCCAAAGUGAAAAUGCUUCACAUCUAAACCAUAUACCUAUUGAUGGUGCUGGAUCAGAAGGAACUCAUCAAGCUUUGAGCAUCAGUUCAAUGUUUUUGAGUUUGGGUAAACAUUCGAAACGGUGGAUCUCGGGUUUGUUUGAUGAUCAUCAUUCUCGUUUGGGAACUCAUUGGAUUAAUCAUAAGAAUCAAAAAACGAAACUUACUAGUGAUGUUGAAGGUUAAGGGUUAAGGGUUGAGCUGCUUGGGAUGUUUUUUGGGGAUCAGGCGGGGUUUGUUGCGCUUGAGGAUUAGAGAAGAGUAUCUUCCAUGGAUGUGGUUUGUGGUUUGUGGUUUGAGGUUGGGGAUUGGUUUAGUGGAAUCAUAUUUGAUAAGUGAUAGGUUUCUUUUGAAGCAGAUUAAAGAGGUUUUGGGAUCAAAGAAACUUUGGUUUUGGUUUUGUUUUUUUUUCAAGUUUUUUUUUUUUGCUGAAAGUACCUCGUCCUGAAAAGUUAAAGUUGAACAGUUUGAUUUGUUUUGGUUUGAUUUUUUAUUAACUUCAAGAAACUUUUUUAAUUGUUAUUUCAAGUUUCGCUUUUUUAGUUUCCUUCAUACACAUUAUACACACAUAAAGAAUACGAUUCCAAGAGUUUUUUCAUUUACCCUUUGCUUUGAUAGUUUCAAGUACUUACUACUCUUUUUGCAGAACUCGUCUCUCGUUUAUUUAUUGAUGGUUUCGAAUUAGAUUGUUUUGUUUUUUUUCGCAGACGCAGACUGUUUGGUUUAGUUUAUUGUACAUAUAAACGUUUAGAAGUUGUGUGUGGAAAGUGAAAGUUGUUAGUGAAGGAUUGGAUGGGCAGGGGUAUUUAUAUACAAUGCAUAUAGUAAUUUUUUAUGUUGAAGGGAAAUAUGAACAAUUUUUCUUUGGUGGAUUUGAUUUGGUUUUGGUCGUUUGGAUAUACAUAUUUGAAAUUGAUUUUUUUUUCAAAGUGGU